CCUCCCAUUCUCUCUCCAGCGCUGUAUUUUUAGCCGGCCGCUCAGGUCGGCUCGGCUCCCGUUGCAAGAGAGGCGGGAGGGGACGAGAGGGAGGAGGAGGCUGGGACCUCGGCGGAGAAGGGACCGCAUGCCCGCCCGGCGGGGCUGCCUCCUCCUCCUCCUCCUGCUCUCGCCGCCUUGGGCUUCUCCCCUUGGGCUGCUGCGGCAUCCGCCAUCGCAGGGAAGGAGCUUCGCCAAUGGCCAGCCCGCCGGCUGUAGACCUGGCCGAGGACGCCCCCCGCCCGGAGCCAGCCUUGGCCGAAGCUCAGCAAUGGAUCGAGCAAGUAACAGGAAGAACAUUCGGUGAUAAAGAUUUCCGGUUGGGGCUGGAAAAUGGUGUUCUGCUGUGUGAGUUGCUGAAUUCCAUAAAGCCUGGAUUGGUCAAGAAGAUCAAUAGAUUGCCGACUCCUAUUGCAGGACUGGACAAUAUUGCCUUGUUCUUAAGAGGCUGCAAGGAACUGGGGCUGAAGGAGUCUCAGCUUUUUGACCCAGGAGACCUGCAGGACACCUCAAACAGAGCAGCAGUCAAGAAUCAUGAAUGUACUAGGAAGCUGAAAAACGUUUUAGUCACCAUCUAUUGGCUGGGAAAAGCAGCAAACAGCAGCACUUACUUCAGUGGAGCAACGCUGAACCUGAAGGAGUUUGAAGGAUUAUUAACCCAGAUGAAAAAGGAUACUGAGGAUGUUGAGAGCCCCAAGCGCAGUAUCCGUGACAGUGGCUAUGUAGACUGUUGGGACUCAGAACGGAGCGACUCUCUUUCUCCUCCACGCCACGGCAGAGAUGAUUCCUUUGAUAGCCUUGAUUCCUUUGGCUCUCGCUCCCAGCAGACGCCGUCUCCAGAUGUGGUGUUAAGAGGAAGCAGCGAUGGGAGAGGAAGUGAUUCAGAAUCUGAUUUGCCACAUCGAAAGUUGCCAGAUGUAAAAAAAGACGAUAUGUCAGCAAGGCGGACAUCCUACGGUGAACCCAAAUCAGUUGUGCCUUUUAACCAAUACCUCCCCAAUAAAAAUAACCAGACUGCCUAUAUUCCGGCUCCUCUCAGGAAGAAGAAAGCGGAACGUGAGGAGUUCAGGAAAAGCUGGAGUACUGCUACUUCACCUCUAGGAGAGAGACCUUUCAGCAAAACCCACCCUGAAACCAUAGAAGAAGAGCAAAGCGAGGUACUGGCACAAUCUGAAGAGGAUCUGGGCUGCACCAUUUCCACUGCCGUUCGUCCGGUGGAGCCAUUUCAGGCAGACAUAAGCCAACAAGACCCCUUACGUCAAUCUCCUACACAUUCUGCAAACAAAACAGCAGGGCCAAGAAAUAACGAAAAAGAUCCCGAGGAGCUCAAAAAACUAAGAAGGCUUGAAGAGGCUGGUAUUAAAAUCAUGCCAGCGGCACAGCGCUAUGGCAGCAGUCAAAAGCACAUCUCUGAAAAGAGUGAGCUUACUCCAGACAUCAUCCUUCGCAAAGAAAACCCCUUUAUGCUGUGCUAUCAGCAAAAGGAUUCUGGCUCAGAAGAUGAACGAGAUGAGAAAAUUCCUGACAUAGAGAAAGAUGACUUUGCGAUACGCAAGGCAAGAUUAAACCAACCCAAACUUACACUGCCAUUUAACCAUUACUUUCUGGGAUCCUGUACAAAAAAAGAGCGAGGUAAAGUGGAAGAAGGGAAGAAACAAAGCGAAAAAGAGGACAAUUCAAGUGGAAAGAAGGUACAUAUGAUUUCGACAAGGCCAGCAACAUUAUGUGAAGCCAAGCCGGCACUGCCAUCUCGGGAUGAUGGAUCUAAGGAGAAAAACCAAGCCAAACUUCCUGACAUUCAGAGAGAUGGUCUGGCUAGGCGAAAAACUCAGGCUAACCCCUCCCAACUAGACUUGUCAGUUUUUGUGAAAGCUCCUAUAACACAAGCAGAUAAAGCAAUCUGGGAUCGACUAAAAGUUUCAGGGAAUACCAGUGAUGAGGAGCUCACAGACACUCCAGGUUCACUGCUGUCUUCUGAAAUGACAGUGGAAACCAGUCAUAACAGUUUUGCCAGCCCUAAAGUGCAAACGUGCAAGAAAACUACCUGCCCCAAACAGAGAUUUGUGCACUUUGGGCCAGUGACAGAAAUUGACCAUCAGCAAUGGGAGCAGCCUUCAGUUACUAGAGCUGUGCCCAAAAACGAAAUAGAAGAGACAACUAAUAGGAAAAAUAUUGAGGCUCUUGAGGUAUCAAGUGGAACUUCCUCCUCAGUUUCUGUGAGCCCCGAGAAAUCCAUUGCUCAUGCUGAUGAAGGGCACAAGCCACAUGCUAUUUCCAGUGAAAUACUAUUAUCUGAAAUGGAUAUGCAUAAUUCAUCUGUUCCGGAUGUUUGUGAUAAUCCUGAGAAGCAGAUACCUAGCAGCAGCUUGAGUGAAUGGAAUGAAAGCAGCGAAGAGGAAUUGGAUGAAACGUUCCCAGAUAUUGAAAGAGAUGACAUGCUGGCUAGAAGAUUUGGAACUUUUCAGAAAUCUACUAGCCCAGUUCGCACAUCUUGCUCUCCCAUUUCAGUAGUCAGUAGUCAUCAUCCAUUGAAACAGGAACAAAAUGUUAUUCUGUGCAGACAGUGGAAGACUCCACAGAAAGUAGAAAGCAGAACACUGACUGGCAUGAUGCAGUGUGAACACAGAGUGCCUUCACCUGCAUCUCCAAGUUCAGAUGUAUUGUGUGAAAAUGGCUAUGGAAAGUCAAAUGAUCAAGAUGAUCACAGAAACCCUACAGCAGGAGAGAAAGGGGCACUUAAAAAUACAGGGAAAGAUGACAUGAUGGUGAGAAGAACCAGAGCUUUUCUGAAGCAGACUGGACCCUGUGUUAAACAGUUUCUCCCAGUUCCUUUCUCAAAGCAACAGAACGGCGAGGAAGCAACUAAGGAGCUUGUAAAGACUGAACAGAAAAUGAAGAGUAUUACUGUGACGGAUUCAGUGGUCACUGAAAACCAUCCAAGGCCUUGCAUGGAAAUCCCAGAAAGGCUUGUAGUGCAUCCCGAACAGCAGCUGGAAGAAGAGAAAUCUAGCACCUCUAGUGCAAAAGAGAAUGUCUCUUCUGAUGCACAUAAGAAUGUGCUUGACCUUGACUCAGUCAAAACCGAACAUUCUUCUGAGAUGCAGGAAGCUCUUGAAACAAACAGCAAAGAACUUAUGUCGCUAGAAGAUGAAUCAAUACAAAUAUUCGGCUCAAGAACUCCUGUGUCUGAUGACGCAGAGAGUGUGAGCAUGUUUGACAUGAGAUGUGUGGAUGAGGCUACUGUAAUGCAGCCCCACAGCAAAGCACGCCAUGAGAAGCUGCAGACUAUUCAUAACCAGCUGAAGGAGGACGAAGAUCGGUGGCAGGAUGAUUUAGCCCGGUGGAAGAGUCGGCGGAGAAGUGCUUCACAGGAUUUACUGAAAAAAGAAGCUGAAAGGAAAAAGAUGGAACGCUUACUGACCGGAGCUGAGGGACCCAGUGAGCGAAGGAAAAGCAUCAAGACUUAUAGAGAAAUAGUAGAAGAGAAAGAGCGGCGAGAGAAAGAACUACACGAAGCAUACAAGAAUGCCAGGUCACGAGAGGAGGCAGAUCAUAUUCUCCAACAAUACAUUGAGAGAUUCACCAUUAGUGAAGCUGUCCUUGAACGCUUGGAGAUGCCAAAAAUUCUGGAGAGAAGCCAUUCAGCUGAGCCAAAUUCAUCAUCCCCGCCUAAGGACCCAAACCCGCUGCGAUAUUUACGGCAACAGUCACUUCCUGCCCCCAAAUACACUGCCAAGGUUGAGGCAACCAUUGUUCCCAGUGGAUCAGAAGCCAGCAUUUCAACAGGUCGCACUUCUCCAAGCAAACCUUUUCCCUCCAAGGCUGUGCCUAUGUUGACACCCAAGCCUUACUCACAGCCUAAAAACACCCAGCAGGUUUUCAGAACAUUUAAGGUAGAUGGAAAAGUCAGCAUGAAUGGAGAAGCCGUCAAUGGAAUGGAGGAGGAGCGAGAGAGGGAAUGCACAGCGUUAAUUUUUGCUCCUUCACCAAGUCGCUCGCCAAAAUCCGACUAUGUGGUGGAAGUGGAUGGCAUCUCAACGGAGGGGAAGCAAGAUGCCACAAAUCCUGAGCUUGUUCUGAAGAGACUCAUCGAGCACAAUAAGCACAGAGAGCAGGCCUUGUUGUCUGGCAGAAGAUUACGUGAAGAAAUGAGCCCCUUAAAAAGCAUUGUAUGUGAGGAUUCCCUGACUGAAGAUCAACCAACCAACCAAAUAAAUGAAUUCGAUUCAGAAAGACCGCCUCCAGCUUCAAACCACAAAGAAUUCAGUGCAGCAGUUUCCUGUGCCAGCCCUAUAGUGACCAGUGUGAAGUACUCCUCCCUCAGUAAUCAUUCCAAGGAAAUGACUUCAGUUGGUGGCCUGAAGAAACUUGAAACAUCACCACAGAAGGAAGCACCACUUCUACAGAAGGUAGAGACUUCGGGGGCUCCUGAGCAAGAUGGAGGUUUAGUCUUUCCACUUCUGAAGAAGAUCCCUGAGAUGAAUCAAGUUGUUUUGCAGAAUUCUGCCCUACAAGCUGACAGUGAUAACCGUGACAAGUUGAAUCGUCUUGGCUGCUGGUCUUGGAAUCCAGAAGAGGAGCGUAAGCGACAGGAGCGAUGGCAGCAUGAACAGGAGCGCGUACUCCAGGAAAGGUAUCAGAAGGAGCAGGACAAGCUGAAAGAAGAAUGGGAAAAAGCACAAAAAGAAGUUGAAGAGGAGGAACGUAAAUACUAUGAGGAGGAACGCAAGAUCAUUGAGGAUACUGUGGUCCCAUUCACAGUUACUUCGAAUUCUGCAGAACACUUGUCCACCUCUUCCUCUGUGACAGAUGGAAAUGGGACUCUGAAUAUGGUGGAUAUGAGUAACUCUGAAGAGGAACACAAGCCAAAAGACAGAACUCCGAAGAAACUAUUUUGUGAACAAGAUGGCACUUAUUUCUCAAAAAGCAAGGAACAUGAACCACUGAAGGAGAAUUUGAGCACUGUAAAUGAAGUCUGUGUAGACACUAAUCAGAGAAGAAGUGAACAAGAAAACCAGAGGUCCAUGUCAGAAUGUACACCGCCCACCAAAAUGACUUUGCCAUUAUAUCAGGAUACACCACGGAAUCAGACAAAACAAAGCCCACGUGUUUCAGAUGUCAAGCAGAAAAAUUCACUAUUGGAACAUAAUUUAGGUCCUCCAGUCAAUUCCGCAAAAGAAAUUCGGAGGGCUGGCUGUCGAGAGAGCUCUAGAACUGGGCCAACAUCACCAGGUUCUCCUACAAUGCAAAGCCAAUCACCCAACAGGUCUAUCAGUGGCAAGAAGCUCUGCUCCAGCUGUGGGCAACCUCUUGGGAAAGGCGCUGCCAUGAUUAUCGAAUCACUUGGUCUUUACUUCCAUAUUCAGUGCUUCAGGUGUGGAAUCUGUAAGGGACAGCUUGGAGAUGCAGCGAGUGGAACAGAUGUCCGAAUUAGAAAUGGUCUUCUCAACUGCAAUGAUUGUUACAUCCGAUCCAGAAGUGCUGGUCAGCCAACAACUUUGUGACCCGGCUGCCAGUCCUGCCUCCACAUUUCUUCUGCAAGAAGGAGCAGCCCUGCUAUGUUCCUGUCUAAUCACAUGUAAGAGCUUCUCUCCAUGGACUUCUUGGCUCUCAACUCAUCUUGGAAGGCUGGCAUAAAGGAAAAGACUCCAUCAGCUACUUUUAAAUGCAAUACAUGGACCUUUCUUCUUUAAAUCACUUCCAUGACAUGUAUGAAGUGCAUCCCUGGACAUUUCCCUUCCAACCCUCCCAUGAGAGCGUGCUCCACAUUACCAGUUAUGUUUGUUGUCGCCGUCUGCUCUUUUGAAAGUAACACGGAAAUAAAGAUGCAAUAAACCUGUUCUGUUUUAAUAUAACUAGGGAUUGAGAAUUUUUAAGUUUACACAACCUUUGUAGAUGUUCUAUAAUAUGCCAACAUAUUAAUCUAUUUAGUUGCAUUUGAGGAAGAAAAAUUAUUAAGCGUCAUCCCAGAAAGCAUAGUUUUCUGUUUAUUACUGAAGUGAUAACUUUUUUAAAUACAAAAGACUAGUUUGAUAAAGCAUAUUGUAACUCUGAAACAUUUUACUAUAUUACCUUCAGCGGAGGGUAGGGAAUUAUAAAUAAAUUAUUUCACCUUCAGUUAUGUAAUCUUUCUGUGCAUACAAGGAUGCUCCUUAUGAUAACAGUAAAUAAAGGCAUUUUCAGUAAAUGUAAUGCAUGCAUGUGGUGGUUGUAGAAAAUCCCAACAAGAAUGAAUAGGCAACUGGCAGCCAGUGAGCAAAUCUACCUUCCAAAGUAACUUACCUUGGUAACUCGAAUAAUUUUUAAUCAAGAUCUGGUGAAGUUUAGUGUUUUCCUUGUUGAGAUGUGUGAGACGUACUGUAACAUCUCUCCUUUGGAGUUAGAAUGGCCAAUGGUUUUGUAAGAAAAGUUAACUUUUCUAAGCUCUGGUAAUAACCCAACUAUGCAUGUAUACUAUAUAAGAGGUUGACCAGUUGUGAACAGAUCAGAAAAAAUGCUUGUUCUCCAAAGCAGCUGCCCUACAUCACCAGCCACAAUGGGGUGAUGGGAGUGAUUUUCCAGACAUCUGAAGGCUGUCAGUUGAGUGGUUUGAAGAAUAAAAUGGUUGCUGGGGUGUGCAAAUCUGUUCUGUUUUUGGGCCCCCAUCCGUCCCGUUCCCCAUUAUUUUGGGAAGAUUCUGGAAGAUUAGGAGGAAGGCCGUUCUGAUUCGUAAUUCAGAUUUCUUGAGUUCAGUUUCCAUUUCAGGAAGAACCUUCUAAAAAAUAGAAUGGGUGGAGACCCAAAAAGAACAGAUUCUGUGCUGCUUCGCAUACCCCUAGCUCCUAACAUGCAAAGCUUUGCUACCCCCGAAUAAGUAAGUACAAAUACUUAAUGCUGAAUUGCCUAUUUAAAAUUGUUCCUACAGUGUGAGUUGAAUGAAUAUUAUUACAAAUUGAGGCUGCCCAUUUCCAAGCAGAGGAAGAGAUAGAUGAACACGUGCAGUAAGGACAUCAAGUUCUGCUCAGUGUUAAAGGAAAGGGGAAGAUGCUGCAGAUGAGAACCCAGUGGAAAGUGUAGACCCUUUCAUUCUGUACAGAAUGAAGACACGUGAAUUUGAAUAUUCAGUUACUGAGACAACUAAAGAAACGCUUAGUCAAUUUUCUCUACUUUCAGUAACGUUACCAUUUGUGGCCAUUUACAAUGUUUAAAAAACUUCUGUACCCCAUUAACAGCUGCACAUAUUGCCAAAAAAAGGACAAUAUAAAUGUAUGAUACUAAACCUGUGAGAUUUUAAGCUUGAAAGUCAGUUUAGUCAAAGCCAGUGGAAUUUCUGUCCGAGUAAAUGUGGUUAGAUUGCGGAUGACUUUCGACAAAGACGGUAGACAUGAGCUAACAGCCUUAUGUGGACACUGCAGCAUGGACAAACAGCUGGCAUCAGUCCAUGUGUGUUGAGUCUUCACAGCUCUCUUAAAUUUUGAAGCUACUCAGAAGCUAAUCAGGCAACUCUGAAGAGCCAGUGGUCUGUAGAGGAUGUUUGAACAUGUCCUGUCAUGUGCACACCAGUCUGGGACAAUUUUUGCAUGCUUUUAGCACUGUGGUUUCCAUUUCUCCAUAGUACAAACAGUUCCUAGGUUACGAACAAGAUAGGUUCUGUAGGUAUGUUCUUAAGUUGAAUUUGUAUGAAUCACUCAACAAAUACAUUUUAAGUGUAACAUAUAUAUAUGUGGUGCAGCGGGUUAAACCGCUGAGCUCCUGAACUUGCGGACCAAAAGGUUGGUGGUUCGAAUCCAGGGAGCAGAGUGAGCUUCCGCUGUUAGGCCCAACUUCUGCAAACCUAGCAGUUCGAAAACAUGCAAAUGUGAGUAAAUCCAUAGGUACCACUCCAGUAGGAAGGUAACGGUGCUCAUGCAGUCAUGCCACAUGACUGCAUGUGUAUGGACAGCACUGGCUCUUUGGCUUAGAAAUGGAGAUGAGCACCAACCCCCAGAGUCGGGCACAUCUAGACUUAAUGUCAGGGGAGACCUUUACCUAUACCUAUAACUACCUACCUAUAUCUUUGCCUAGCAUAGGGAAGGGUUAACCCGUGGGUGUUGGUUUUGCUAUCUGUGCCCAUAAUUCAUAAGAUUUCACCUCAUUUUCCGUCCCUGUGAUAAUUGGAUUUUGGAAAAUGUGGCUUGUUGUGAAAACAAGGAUUGGUGAAAAAGCUUCAGUGGAGACUCCUUUUCCCCCAUGAUACCUCCUUCAGGAGAGAAUUUCCCUUCCAAGGGGUAGAUUUCUCUCACUUCCUGUUGUUUGUAGGUCAGAUGUUUGUAACUGAGGGACUGCCUGUAACAACUAACAAUUGAGGUCAAGGGAAGUUGUGUGAGACAGUAGGUCAUGCAAUUUCGUCCUACAACAGCACUGGUACCAAUGGCUGCCACAUAUGCUCUUCAUUGCCGAUCUAUAAAGGGACUUUCCAGAGCAGCAUGCGAACAAACCACAAAGCAACAGCAACCUAAUAUAGCCCAUUCACUCGUAACAGUGGGCACUUUUGAAAGCAUGGUGAAUGAAAGACAGGUUCAAGUACUAAAUCUGAAUUUGAAUGCAUUUUACUGCUUGGGUCACCAUUAAAUAUUUUACCACACCGGCUAUGGACCUGUUGUAGCUAUCAGAGGCAGUACACAUGCAGUUGUUGUAAAAUAGUAGUGUUUGGUAUUUUCAGCAGGCUGGGUUUUUUUAAAAAAAAGAAUGAGUGAAAAGCAUAUGCAAUUAGCAACAGAAGAUGGUUUUUAAAAAGGAAACAUAUUUCUGCUGCCUUAAGAACAUUAAGAGGGAAGAACUAAAGUUGAUUGAGAUUUCUUGUUGCAUUUUGUUUAUAUUCACACAUCAAUUGUCUCCUGAUGUGUAACCAAAAAUAAAUGAAUAACAUGGACAUUUCUUAGGUAAGCAAUAAAGUGUGGCACAGAUAGUGUUUAUUUAUACAUCUGGGCAGAUCUUGACAUGCAGCUUGUAUACUCAUAAGAAAAUGUCUCCUUUGUCAUUCAAAAGCUGUUUGCAUGGUGUCGUCUAUUGUAAAACAUAUAAUUUCUGAUAGAAAUGUAACACAUUUUAUUAAAAUGGUGCCUUAGAAAAUAACAAAGCUGUUGCACAGUCACCAGUGACAAAUGGAUGUAAUAAUUGUUGGGGUUUUUGUUUUUUUUAAAAAAAAAAAGGUUAAUUCCCUAGAACAGAGUGGCAGAGAACGUUGAUUCUCAUAUUGUAAACUGCCGUUGGUGUUGAGGAUGGAUUUGCAUAAUGUUGAUAUUUGUAUGGAUUUUGCUGUAGUCAAAAUACCUCUUAGCAAAACAAGACAUGCACAUUACAAAAAACUGUAGCCAGAGAUUGAUGGCAGUUCCUUCUAAACACACAUCUUUAAUUUAUGUCCAUGACAUUAAGGCAAGAGAAGGAAACAUGCAGUUUUCUAGGUGUUGGAUUGCAACUCCUAGCUAAUUGUGGAAAGUGCUGAGAGAUGCAAUCCAACAACACCAAAGAGCUGCCAUGACCCAGGCAAAUAUUUGUGAACCACAGACUCAGAUCGCUGCUUAUAUGUUGUAAACAAAUGAAUUCCUAGUGUACUGAAAGACUAAAUAACUCAACGCACAGGUGAGGUUGUCUACUACAUGUCUGCAUGAUUUCCUGCUCUUCUACAAUUGCCUCUUUACAGUCUGCCUAGAUCUGUGGUUCUCAACCAGGGGACCCCAGAUGUUUUUGGCCUUCAAGUCCCAGAAAUCCUAACAGCUGGUAAACUGGCUGGGAUUUCUGGGAGUUGUAAGCCAAAAACAUCUGGGGACCCCAGGUUGAGAACUACUGGCCUAGAUGGAGGCAGAUCAAGCUGCUUUGUUUCUACAUGCAGAAAUCUAUAAGAAGUAGACACUUUCCAAGGAGUUUCCCAUUGUAUCUCUGCCUGAGGGACUAAUCUGAUCUUGUCUUCUUUCAGUCAAGGAGACAACCCCUCAGCAAUUCAUGCAGCAACAGAGGGAAUGGAUUUUUGAGCUGAUUAAUUUUUCCUGUCCGGGACUAUAAAAGGGAAAAAAUAUGAUCAUAAUACAAAAAUGUCCCAAGUAUUAAUUCAGAUAGGAAUUUCAUGUCAGCUUGGAAAUUUUUCACAGGACACCUUUCCAUAACAUGGUGUCUCUAUAUAUUGUAGAUGCAGCCAAAAGACAUAACCAAAUGCACCGCUCCACAAGGCAUCUUGCAAAUGGCACAGUUCAUGUUAAUCUCUGUUAGCCAUGGGGAUCAUUUGACCUGAAAUGUUUUGGAGGGCAGGGGUCACAAGCAGUGACAUAGACACUUCCUGUGACAAUUACCCCGACGCAGCAGGAAGAAAGAUUGUUGAGCAGCAGUUAGUACCUUCUAAAAUCUACAUAAGGACUAGAGUAGAUACUAACAUGGCUUUGAAUGCCAUGCCAAUGGCAGUAUGUCAUUCUCUUUAGAAGUCACUGAUAUAUACUCUGCAAACUACUUUGUGCAUUGCUCCCUUACUAAUGCACCAUUGAUCUAUGCACACUGUUGACUUGGAUGUGGAUGAGAGUGGCGCAAUGGCACAGAUGACUUCUGGAUUUGUUGUAAUGUCAGUGCACUCUUACAUGAACAUCUUGGGCCCCUUCUACACUGCCAUAUAAAAUCCAGAUUAUCUGCUUUGAACUAGAUUAUAUGGCAGUAUAGACUUAUAUAAUCCAGUUCAAAGCAGAUGUGGAUAAUCUGCUUUGAUAAUCUGGAUUAUAUGGCAGUGUAGAAGGGGCAUGGGACACACUGCAGGUCUUGUGCACAACAGAGCUUGUAUAAGAUCCUUGGAAAUAGAUGGGAGUUAAGUGUACCUAGUUAAGUAUAGUCCUGUGGAGAUUUCUGUAAAAAUCCCACCAAAAUGAACAGACUGAAUAAGGACACAAAUAUGAUAUAGUUCUUCAGUGGAGUCCAUCCCAAUAGAUUGUGGAUAUCUUGAUUUUAUGUUGUACCAAAAAAUUAUUAAUAUUUUUAUUUGAAAUUGGGUAGAUCUGCAACACCAAACACACAGUAGAGUCCUAUCCAUGCCUACUCAGAAGCAAGCUCAAUUGUGACCCGUGAAGUGUAUUACUUAGUAAGUGAGUUUAGCUUGACAGCCUUCAAGUCCUGCCAGUUUUCACCAAGAACGUAACUGUAGCCAGAAAACGCCAAUGGGGUUUUAUGGCUGGGCCACAUAGGAAUAGAAGUAACAACUUUUUCCAACUUCCAUAUAACUGUAAAAUGGUAACAGCUAACUUUACAUGUAUCAAGGCUUCUGUUUCUCCACAAUGAUGGAUUAUCAUCAACAGACAGUCUCCCCAUCCACCAGCCAACUCUUCAUAUUUCACUUGAAAUUAUAAUACAGGAGGUUCACCCAUGUUAUUUCCAAUUCUGUAAUAAGUGUGACAAAUGUCUUGUUUCAGAAGUCUUUUGUGGGAGGGUUUGGGGAAGGGUUUGCAGGGAGGGAAAUAACAAUGUACCAGUAUGUUCAUUUGAAAUGAUAAAUAUGUUUCCAAGAGUGGUUUACUGUUGAUACGCCAAUAUGAUAUGUAUAAUGGGUUUUUAAGUGUUACAAAAAGUGUGUAGCUUUUUCUUUAGUGAGCAGGCAUAACCAUGUAUUUUUUAUAUAUUUCAUUCUCAGAACUUCAUAGUGGUCUUUUAUUCUUCUUACAUAGAAUUAAUUCCAUAUCCACCGUUGCUAUUGUUAUGCGAUAUAAAAAAUGGUGAGCCAAAGGAGGGCUACUUUAUAUGCAAAAUCACCAAAGGACAAGAGUCCUGUUUGGAUUAAUGUUGAAUUAUACUAAUCUAAACUGAUAUAUUUAUUCUAAAAUGCCCCUGGAAAGCAAGAAAAUUUGUCUAAAAUGCAACAGCUUUUAUAGUAAAUGUUAUGUUUAUAAAUAAAUACUUAUUAAAAUGUG